AAAGCGACAACGCUUUAUUCAGUGUAAACUGCCGCUUUAUGCCAACAAAAACAGUGUAAAAUCAAUGAGUCAGUCAUUCAGCGCCCCCUUGGAAGCGAGUAACGUUUGUUGCUCAAUUCUUACAUUAGGUGUUUACGACAGUAGAUAGCGCGUUUGCGGCAGCAAAUUUCAGACGAGAGUGAACGAGCGAACUACAAGAGGUCUGGUUCUUUAAGCUGAAACCACAAGAUGGUAUUAAUUUUCAACGAGAGCUAGUGCCACAAUUCACCAUAUAAACCAGGAGACUCCAGGUGUAACAACUGCAAUCUGUCUGACAUACUAUGGUAAAGAUGGAGCACAUUAAAGAGGAAAAUGAGGACGUCAGUGAUCCAGAGUUAUGCGCCAUAAAAUAUGAAGAUACUGAGGAUAAGAAAGACUUGAUGGAAGUGAUGGUGCAAACACAAGAGGAUGUGAAACGUAAGUUCAGAAUUAAAAGAACCAAAGCUAAAAAGCGGCUCAUCUGCUCACAGUGCGGAAAGAGUUUUGGACACAAAAAAUACCUUGAAAGUCACAUAAGAAUUCACACUGGAGAGAAACUGUACUCAUGCCCUCAGUGUGGAAAGAGUUUUACUGGUCCAUCUGCUCUCAGUUAUCGUCUGCGUGUUCAUUCUGGAGAAAAGCCAUUUAACUGUGAUCAGUGUUGUAAAACGUUUAUUUCAUCAUCAAAUCUAAAAACACACCUGAAAGUUCAUUCUGAUGAGAAGCCUCACUUGUGUUCUCUCUGUGGAAGGAGUUUUUCAAGAUUGGACAGUUAUAAACAGCACCGGAAAAUGCAUAAUUAUGUGAGAGAUCACUUGUGUUGUGAGUGUGGGAAGAGCUUUACUACAGCUGCCUAUCUGAAACAGCACCAAAGAGUUCAUACUGGAGAAAAACCUUAUAAGUGCUCAUAUUGUGACAAGAGUUUUAGUCACUCUGGAAACCUGAAAACACAUGAGCGAGUUCAUACUGGAGAAAGACCGUUUCACUGUACUCAGUGUGGAGAGAGUUUCAAAGAUGCCAGAGUUCUCAAAAAUCAUCUGCGGAUUCAUUCUGAAAAAAAGGAAUUUAACAGUGAUCAGUCUGAUCUGGAAAACAAUCAUACAGAUGAGAGGCCUCGCUUGUGUUCUUUGUCUGGAAAGAGUAUUUCACGAUGUAACAGUUGCAAACUACACCAGAAAAUUCAAACUGGUGAAGGAGGUUGCAUGUGUUUUGAGUGUGGGAAGAGCUUUACUGAUGUUAGCCAAUUGGAAAGGCACAAAAUAAUUCACACUGGAGAAAAACCUUACAAGUGUUUAUAUCGUGACAAGAGUUUCAUUCAGUCUGAACACCUGAAAACACAUGAGAGAGUUAUUGCGUUCUUUUAA